UGAGGAACAAUGAACGGCAGACCUGUCGUUUGGCCUCUUUCUUCUAUGUCAAUUGUUUCUCGAACUUGUCCAUUAUUUCCGACAUCUUCCGGAGAUUCCAGGUCGCGAGAGACGACUCAAAGGAUUUAACAAUCGAUGCCAUGGAAUUGCUGAUGGUGGCCAUCUUGGCCUACGUGUCGAGGCGGGCGGCAAGUGCAAGAAGUGAACUAGGGUUUCGUGUGAGAUCAAUGGAGAACUCCCGAAGAAGUAAUAGAGGAAUCGAAGAGAAUACAUUAGCUAUCCUCGACUCCUCCGGAUUUAAGGACGCCCGAGACGUUAAUGAUGAUAGUACUCCUCUAACUCUUAUUCUUCCACUUUUGGUUCCUAUGCUUUCUUCUUAUUCUUGUCUUUCUUUUUACUGGAAAACAGGAUUGGCAUUUCUUGAUGCUGUUCGCGCUUCUUCGAUCGUUCCAGAAAUUGGAACUGCUCCAACCAGCAAAAUGUUGAGUGCAAUAUUUCAGAUCCUCAAAGAUGGAACGUCUCUAGAAUUGAUUAUGGAAAGUUACCAGCUUCUAAUUGAAUUAGAAAAGGUAAUUAAUUAUUCUUUUGUUGCCCUUUGUUUUUUAAGCUUAGCAUUCAAAAGUUAUUGACAAUCAUUUCCCUUUGGGUCUUUUUCUCUUCUUUUUUCUUGAUGUAGCGACGAAUCAGUGAAUCAAUCACGAUCGAUUGAUUAAUCUAUUAGUUUAGGGUUUCGGUGAAAUGCCAAAUAAUUAUUAUUUAUUAUUAUUAUUAUUAUUAUUUGAGUCCACAUGGCAAUUCACGUGUGGGUCCACGUGGGCUUCCAGCUCCCAGUUGAAAUGUAUAGUAUAACAUGUGAAAAGCAUUGUAUACAUGUACGAGUGAAGUGAGGGUUAAAAUUGUCAUUUAUGUCAAUAU